GUUCUUAUCACUUGGUUCAAAACAGCAGGGCUUGCCAUGGAAGUGCGCAAGUUACGGUUCAAAGGAUCGAUCACGACAGUGCUGAUGAGAGACGGCACGCUCUACUUCAUGGCCCUUUUGCUUCUCAAUAUCCUCGAGAUCGUGAUCAAAGUCCACUAUGAGAAUUCACAGAAUGCCGCAUCAUGGGUCUCCGUUUUCCUGCCACCAAUAUCAUCAAUCCUGAUAUCACGCUUCAUCCUCAACCUACGCCAGUUGUCCCUCGGCAGCGUGGACUUGAAUACGAUUUCUCACAGCACCCAGAACACGCCGGACAUUCCCUCUCGCCUGGUUGGCAACUUUGGCGCCGACGUCCAGCACACGUCUCCUGUUUUUGAGGAUGUCGAGGAUAAUGAUGAGGACGAGCAGAAUAUCAGUGGGGACUUUGAGGCCCACGAGUUGGCGCAGGUGCAGUAGUCAUCGUACAAGCUAUGCGAUCGUUUUCGACAGUGCCAGCUCUGACUGUAACCCGCAUUUGCACCUUGACAUGACUUUCCGAUCGUGAUAUCCGCCUCCAAAAUAUUACUGAGCUAGGACGACG